AUAAAUUUUUCAGUGGCCAUUCGGUCCGUAUAACAAGGAGGGCUGUGUGCGCAAGGACAUAUAGAAAGGUACAGCCCCAGCCCGAUUAAUUCAUCCUGGAAGGGCAAUCGCACGUAUGAUUAUGGCGCUUAUUACCAAAGUGCGCGCGCACGAUUUGUUGCUAUGCUGUUGCGCGCGCACGAUCUGUGCGUAGCAACAGCAUAGCAACAGGUGGUCAGAGAAAUAUGGAAGGGCUGCAUAGCAACAGGGGGUGGCUGAUUUCGCGAGCUUUAACCGCAAAAUAAAGCGUCAUCUUGUUGAUGGACUGUCAGAAAAGAGAGCAAAAGCAAUGACAAGUGUUAUGAUGAAUGGAGAAUUCAUGAAGCAUGUUAGUUUAUGCUGGCCUUAGGAGGAAGAAUCGGUCAUUGUCUUGGGCUGGAGUGUCCGCCUGGAUGGACUCAACGCGACCAGUCCUGUUAUCUGUUUGACUCGACGUCUCGGCACGAAAAAUCGGAGGCCGAAACCAUGUGCCGGCAGCUCGACGGUUACUUGGUAGUGCCGAACUCAGCCGAAGAAAACCAGUUUAUUCACUACCUGUUCAUGAAUGUGACUACUCACCCGCAGCUCUGGCUCGGGUUCGAAAUCAGGAAAGACCCAGAGAACGGCACCGCUGCUUGUCCUGACACUGCAGAAAAUGGGGAGAAGCUGAGCUACUGCCACGUGUACACCGAAGGGAACCCGGCGGAGCAGGAAGGGUGUGGGGUGAUGUCCCGGUCAACUGGUCGGUGGAGAGGCUCGGGCUGCGGUCACGCCAAGUUCACCAUGUGCGAGCGCCGGGCCGCCGCGGCGGAACGAUGCCGUCCCUUCACCUUGUGCCACACCCUGAGCUCAGCAGGCGGCGGAUGCCACCUCCUGCCGCCGGACCACACCUUGACCCAGAUGGAGGGGAGACACCCGGUACAAUGCUGUGUUGCCUGCCUUGUCGAUCCCAACUGCCGCUCCUUCAACCUGCUGGGGAACGCCACUUGCGUGUUGAAUGCCGCCACAGUCUCGCAAGUCAACACGUUGGCACUCCAGCCUUAUCAGGAGAGUUGCACGUACUAUGAACCGAUGAUCUAGACACUGAGCACUAAGUGAUCUGUGAUGAUGAAGGUUAGCUGUAAAUAGUCCAGAAAAUAUUUGAGGUCAAGAAGUUGGCUACCUUCAGGUAUACAGUGUCCGAUACGGCCGUCUCACCAUGAGUGCCCCACCAAGAGUUUACAACGCGUUGGCCAACCACAAUGCGCGAAAUUUGUCGACCCAAUG